UAAGGUGCUACCGGACCCCUUGUUCUUUUAGCUUUAACAAUCGCUUUGCUUAGUAUAUGUUUGAGAACAAGUUCCCAUCUGCAUGCAGCUUCAAACCUACGAUCAAUCACAAGCCACGCGAUGGGUCUGGGCAACCGGAACUGCUGAUCCGCGCACGGGAGGGGAAACUGCCGUUUGUUUUCAUCAGAGCCAUCCUAUUUCGUUGAAGGCUUCCCCGCCCCAGAAAUACAGGAGUGAAAGCAAAAGCAAAUGAGCCCCUCAACUUCCUUCGGCUGGGCGUCAAGCGGCCAUACUGAUUAAGCACUGACGGGCAAUUAUCCUCCCGGUAGCCUGCGUGGGAUCAUGGCCUCCAGCUUGGCCGAGGACCUAGUGUGCCCGAUCUGCCUCUCCCUUUUCCAGGAGCCCCAGAUGCUGGGCUGCGGCCACCAUUUCUGCCUGUCUUGCGUGAAGAGUUGCCUCCCCGAAGGGCGGAGCAAGGGGAAUUGCCCGGAAUGCCGCGCUCCCUUCAAGCUGCCGGAGCUGAAACGCCACCGAGUCCUGGCAAACCUAGCCGAUAAAGCUCGCGAGUUAAAGCUCGACCAGGAGCUCUCGCCGCGUGCCACCCAGGCGGGCAUCUGCGAGGACCACGAGGAGCCGCUCAAGCUCUUUUGUCGCCAGGAUUGCGUCCCCAUCUGCGUGAUCUGCCGGGACCUGCCCCAGCAUCGAGGGCACGAGUUCCUGCCCACCAAAAAUGCUGUCGAAUACGCGCAGGGGACACUGAAACCAUACCAAAAGUCUCUGGAGAAGCAACUAAAGGAGGCCUCUAUGGAAGAAUCACAUCAGCAGGAAGAAAUUGAAGAACUAGAGAGUUACAAUGCAGACAUCUUAAAUCACAUUUCCAUAAAAUUUGAGGCUCUCCACCAGAUCCUGCAUGAGAAAGAAAAGAAUAUUAAGAUGACCGUCCAGCGGAUGAGGGCAAACAACUUGAAGGAAAUGGAGGGUGCUUUAACAUUCCUGAAAGAGGAAGUGUCUUCACAUACUGAGAUCACUGCCAAGAUUAAAGCAGCAUUAGAAACUACAGACCAUGUUGCCUUCCUGAAGGGCUUUCGGGAGCUGUUGGAUGAAGUCAUAGACCAUGUAGAGGAGGAGGAAGGUGAUGAUGACACUGCAAGUGAGGAAGAUCAGGAGUAUGAUGAAGAACAGGAUGAAAGUAGCAAAGAGGUGGAUGAAGAGGAGGAGGAUGAAAUUUCUGGAGAUGAGGAAUUGUAUACCAAUAAGACUAAUGUGGUACCUGUGUUUCCAGCCCUCAAGAAAUUCAAGGAAUCAUUGGAUUUUGAGGCUUGGGGGGAAAUGUUGGAAUGGAUCAAACCCAGGCAGGUGAACUGAUCUCAUCCUGUAUUUUUUACACUGUACGACAGUGGGUGUGAGAGUCAGAGAGCUAUACCAUACUUCCCAUGAAAGUUACAUUAAACAAACGCUUCUGGCAGUUAUCUACUGGGCUCCAGGUGAUGGCCUGUAAUUGAACUCCCAUGCUGACACUGCCUUGCAUUUUUUACUCCUGUAAUCCUUCUGAUGCUGUUGUAAACUGCUUAGAUACUUAUUUUUAAAUACUAAGCUGUGCAUAAAUUGAUUAAGUAAAUGAUGCAGUAUAUUUUUAAAUAAAUAAUAAAAUAGGUAACGUAGUAGUAGUAAUAUAUUAUUUUUGAAUGUUAGGGGAAACUUUUUUUUUAAUGGUUGCAGCCUCUGGUUCUGUCCAUUGUUGGGAUGGCAUCAGCAACACUUUUGCAGCUGACCUUUUAAACAUGGAGCAGCUCCUCUGUGAGGAGCAGUUUCAACAUUUGGAGCUUUUUCGUUUAGAGAACUAAACAUAUACUAUAACAUAAACUAUACAGCUGGUAUAGCACAGUGGGGAGGAGCCUGGCUGGAAGUCCAGAGUCUGAGCUCAAAUCCCUGCUUGUCUCUCCUAGGUGUCAAGGGCCUGCUAAAGAUCACCCCACAGUGAGUGGCUCAGGAGUUACGUGCCCUGCCACCUGUGCAGCCAUGGGCAAGCUGCGUAGCCCCACAGAGCCCAGUUGCCCCCCAGCUGGCAGUUGCAGACAAGGAAGGGGCUGGCUUGUGCAGCUGUGGCAAGCUGAGCAGGCCCUAGCCAGCUGGGGAGGACUAGCCUCAGAGGGAGGCAAUGGUAAACCCCCUCUGAACACUGCUUACCAUGAAAACCCUAUGCAUAGGGUAGCCAUAAGACAGGAUCGACUAGAAGGCAGUCCGUUUCCAUUUCAGUUUAGAGAAAAGGCAAGUACAAGGUGGCAUGAUACAGGUGUACAAAAUUAUGGAAGAUGUGGAGAAACUAGAUAGAGUUUUUCUUCUCAUAAUACUAGAACUCGGGCCCAUCCAAUGAAACUGAAUGUUGGCAGGUUGAGGACUUCUUCACACAGCACAGAGUUAAGCUAUGGAAUUUGCUUCCACAGGAAGCAGUAAUGGCCACCAACCUGAAUGGCUUUAACAGUUCAGAGGAUAAGACUAUGUUCUGCCUCCACUAUCAGAGGUAGCAUGCCUGUGAAUGCCAGUUGCUGGAAACUGCAGGAGGAGAGAGUGCUCUUGUGCUCAGGUCCCAUUUGUGGGCUUCCCACAGGUGUCUGGUUGGCCACUGAGAACAGGAUGCUGGACUAGAUGGGCCAUUGGCCUGAUCCAGCAAUGCUCUACGCAUGUUCUUACCUCUAAAGCCAGCGGAAGGGGUUGGCAUUGUUGGACACCUCUGAGGCCCAUACACCAGCAAGAGGUCCAUCGCUAGUCUUCUAGCCCUCAUUGUGCUGCUUAAUCCACUCUCUCCAUGUGGCCCAAAGGCAGAAUAUGGGGAGUAAGGAGAAAGCAGUAGAAGCUACUAUUGUCUUGCUUGCCUGCCUUUUCCCCACUCGGCAGCACUACAGACCUGGGCCCACAGGGGGAGGACAAUCAGGCAACAGCUCUACUAUAGUAUCAGAUACUAGCUAUUGCUUCAUCCAAAGAAUCCUGGGAACUGUCAUUUUGUUAAGGGUCUCCUUACAAUUCUCAGCACCUUUAAUAAAUUACAUUUUCCAGGAUUCUUUGGGGGAAGCCGUGACUGUUUAUAGUAGUAUCAUACAGGUUUAAAUGUUUGGUGUGGAUGCGAUAGUCAGAGAGGUCCCCGUAAGUCAUCUAGUCUAGCCCCUGCUCAAUGCAGGAGAUCCAGCACUCAAGCAUUCCCUCAGCUUGAAGACCUCCAGCAAGAGAGAGCCCUCCAUCUCUCUAGGCAAUUGGCUCCAUUGUCAAACUCUUUCCUCCUACUGUUCAGCUCAAAUCUAGUCUCCAGAAGCUGCACACUGUGUUUAGAGAGACAGGUUCUACACAAUUAAAAUUAAACUUAAUGCUCUAUGGCAGUCUUCCACAAUCUGGUGCCCUCCGGAUAUGUUGGACUACAGCGCCCUACAGUCCCAGCCAGCCUGACAGCUACCUGGAGGGCACUAGGCCGGGGAAGGGUGCUCCAUGUUGAUCUUAACUAUUUCACAAGCAAACCAAAACCAACAUUUUUAAAUUUGUAUUUUCUGUGGUGAAUCUUAAGGGGCAAACUACAUGCCAAAAUGGAAGGAAAACGGAAUACUUUAUUUAAAAAAAAAAGCAAAGCUGCUUUGGGUAGGAAAUUCGUAACAGAAUCACCCAAAGGAGGAAGGUAAAGGAGCACUAAAUUGGUUGCCCAACCACUGUGGAAAGGAUAAAUAUCCAUACCUUGCAUUGCCACUUUGGUAUGCAUUCCUUUCCUAGGCCACACUUGCACCAUACAUUUAUUCCAAUUUAAAUAGUCAUGGCUUCCACAAAGUAUUUUGGGAAGUGUUGUUUAUGAAAGGUGGCAAGAGUUGUUAGGCAACCCCUGUUCCCCUCACAGAGCUACAGUUGUAUCAGAGUUCUCUGAGAAAAGAGACUGACUGUUGAAUCAAACUUAAUUUUGAUUUGUAAAACAAACUUAAAAUAUUUUAGAAUUGACAGUCCAUUUCUAGCUUCCCUGACAGUGUCUCUCACAUUUUUAGGCGCUCCAUUUACCUGGGAGUAAGCUUACUUCUGAGUAGAUUUUUCAAAAAUUGCAGUGAGUACAGUAGAGACCUGUUUUUUGGCAGCCUGCUUUUCAGCAUUCCACUAAUACGGCGGGUUUCAAUUAGAGUAAGGCCCCACUCAUACGGUGCUUGUUCCACUUUUACAGUGUUUUUUGGGCGUUGGGCACCAUUUUAUUGAUAGAGUUCCUCUUUUCUGAGGGUUUCGCUUUUCGGCGGGGAUCUGGGCCCUACUGUACUCCAAACCUCCACCCCCCCCUUUCUGCCUACUUCCUUCCCUCAAGCUCAUGUACUGCCAGCACACACAAGCUCUACUUCAGGCUGGUCUUUCCUUCUUCAACUGAUGUUUAAUGGCAAAGCAAGGCCCUAUUAUCACCUCCUAUUGUCAAUCUCAUGUAACAACUCAUUCACAACCUUUCAUAAAGCUUAGCAUCUUUAACAGCCUUUCAUAAAGCUUAGUACUUGAACAAACUGCCAAGUAAGUCUCCAGAACCAAGCCCCAGAGACUUGUCUCUAAGGGCCAAACCCACAUUCAGUUUUCUAAUGCCCAAAACACUAAGCUUUUGGAGGAGAGGCUCUCUAUCUUCCACAUACCUAAUGCAAUCCCAAAUGACAUGGUCCACUGUUUCCACCACCCCACUGAGCUCACAUUCCUCAGAAUCCAUAUGUGCAACCCUGUACAAACCACUCCUAAGAGCACAGUGUCCUGUUUGAACUCUAAACAUGCUAACUGUUGACCCUUAGGCAAUACUACCUCUGGUUGUUUUUCAUCAAGUCUGAAAGUCUGGAGCAAGGAAGAGUUUUUGUUAUGUCUUUGUAGGAACUUGCAGGCCCGUCAAGGUUGCUGGUUCCUAGGCAACGGGAGAUAAGGUCUGGAGCCAGAGCAGCCAGCUUCUCUGUGUUUUUCUGUGGGGGUUUUUUGUUCUUGAAGGAGAAGCAGCUUUCUGUGUGAGCUCUUGCUAUGUGGGAAAACAAAACUGCUUAAUGCCUUAAUGUCCUGAAUAAAUGGACUCUUAACACUA